AUGGCGGGAUUUACCGGUCAUUGCAACUGUGGUGGAGUGAAGGUCACCUUGAAGGAGAAACCAGACCAAGUUCUUGUCUGCCAUUGUGCAAACUGCAAGCGCGCUGGUGGUCCAUUCUCAAUGAACUUUUUCGUUGAGGACGGCGAAAUGGAGCUUGAGGACAGCCAGAAGACUCUUUCGGAAUAUCUGGACCACAACACAGACUCCGGAAACAUUGUACACCGAUUCUUCUGCAAGAAUUGUGGAAGUCCUGUCAAAACCACAUCGCCAGCUGUUCCCGGGAAGGCAUUCCUCAAGGCAUCUUUGUUCGAUGACAUUCCCACGAAGAAGCAUGAGGUUUACACGGAAAAGGCGUUGCACUUUUGA